UCAAGAUGCCUUUCGGAAGGAUGCCGCAGUCGUCCUACUAUGACAAUCGCAACCGUCCCACCGCAGCCCUUUACCGAGCACGACAGCCAUAUCUCAUUCGCAAUGCCAUAACAGGUCUCUGCAUAUUCGGCUUUGUGGCAUGCAUAUACACGUACACGUUGAAGGCCAUCGGCCAGGACGACUUCUCCGACGUGCCUAUUCCUGAUGCGCCUGUUGAGCAAGCAGCGGCCCCGCAUAGUUCUGUUGUGAGAAGUGCUGGAAAGAAGUAGACGCAGAGCACGAUGGAGUCGUGAUGAGCGGGCUCAAGUGAUGCAAAAAUUAGCGGCAUAGAGUGGCGCUCAGGAUGGGACAGGUGACAUUCGAAGAAGAGCAUUAUCACAACUGGGGUGGGGGCAGACGGCUUUGAGGAAGAGUUGUGCAAACCACAAUUCGACGAAUGGACAUGACCUUUCCGCAGCACCCGUAAUGAAACGGUCAAGUCGAAAGGGCGCGAGAUGGUGCGACCCAUUUACAAACACAGGAGACGCGCUCGAGGCAAUGAUGAAGACGAUAUACACAUAUCCGGGAACAUUUGAAUUCGAUGUGCUCGCUUAGCAUGCUAUGCGAACAUGCAAGGUCAGACUCGCGGACAUAUUGCUCUCACAAAAAAUGAUGCACAGUGAAAGCAUUCAUAUGGCAUCUCCACGCUUCGCGGAGUUGUGUUCUCCGCUUGAGGGUAUGUACACAUAACAAAAGGUAUUUAUGCCACGCUCUUACGCUCCACUAUCCGCCGCAGCAGGCGUGAGCUUCUUGAAGUUCUCUACUGGCUGCUCUCUCGGCACCUUGUUCUCCUUCAAUUGCUGAAGCUUCAAAGCAUCUAUUUCCGCAUGCUCUUUCUCGUACUUUGCGAUCAACUCGCUCAUAUCAGCACUUCCGUGGCCAGCGCGGACGUUCCAGGGUGAGGAAGCGUUCAGGAUUUCAGGAUAUCUGUGGUCGAUCCAUCGCUCGCUCUGAUUCGUCUCGUUCAGGAAAAGGACGCGGUCAGCAGCUGCUUGCUGCAUAGCUUGUGUGUGAAGAUCGUUUCGCUCUGCCCACUUGAUCGCGUACUGGGCAUAUGUAUCCUUGAUCAAGCGAGUAAAAUAUGGCUGGUCGUUCGUGCCUUGGCCGGUGAACUUGUAUAUCGCGAGACCGAGAGGGAGAGAGGCCAGAGCAAUGAAGAACCCGGCUCCGAGUGACUCGUUCUUGAGCGGUGGAUUCUUCUCAUGUGCUGCUGUGCCUUCGGAGACGAGUUCUGGUCCAUGGUGGUCUCCAGCAUAUCGUCGCUGCGACUGCCAUUGGAUCGGCUGCCGUAACCGCUGCGCAGAGCGUGCGGCUGUUCGCCUGAGUGGUUGCAUUGCG